GUCCACUAGUGCAAAAUGGAUAGAAAGCAUCGAAGAGUUUGAGAGAGGGCCAGGCGCCCCGAGAGCAUAAGUGAAAAUUUGGCAGGAGGAGGAGGAGGAGGAGGUCGGAACACGAAAGAACAUAACAGGUCAAGGUAUGGCUGGCGGCCCGUUCCUGAGGGUCGGGAACUUCGAAAAAAUCCCCGGUUUUAAACCGCCUGCAAUGUCGAGUCGUGCAAUGUGAUAACACACCACCCCUUGCCCCUCGUCAACCUCCUCGAGCGCCAAAUAUAGCGAGACCACAUACAUGUGUGUCCGGACAGACGAUGGAUGGAUGAUGCGCCGAGGCGAACGAGGGCCAAACCUUGACUAAUUCAGAUGCCCUGGAGAAAUCCGCUGCCACGGUCUUCAGAGAAGCUGGACAGCGAUUGGAAUACGUCUCUGGGACGGGAGACGCAGGCAGGCGACGGUACGGUUGAAUCGAGUCAGUCGGGCCAGCGACAGCUAUGGCGGCGGCUGCAGUCGUCACCGGCAGCGGAUCGGAUGAUACGAGCGCUGAGUUGGAGCUGAUGGAGGGCUCGCGCAGCGAGGACGCUCCGAAUGCCGCCGCGAGGACGGAGCCCAGGCGCCCAUCGCCCGUCGGCCUCCCCCGCUUGCUCCCGCGGUGGGCGAUCCGCGCCUGCCGGACCGAAUCACGCCCGCGGCGGGACUCCAGGACCGGCCGGGCGGCAGCGCUGGAAUUCGUACGUACGUGUGUUGGGCGGACCGAUAGACGGUGCGCAUCGACACACGCACGCAGUGCAGCGGCAGGCGUGUAGAAGGGGCCGCGGUGACGGAGGGCGCCGCAUGCAGUGCAGUGCCGAGAUGCGGAUGCCGCAUCGCCGAGAUGUAUGUUUCUGUACGCCUGGGACUUUUUCCAGACCUUUCCGACGCCCGGAGCGACGAGUCUGCGCAACGCAACGUCGGGAGCUGGCGCUGGCGCGAGCUCGCGGCGAGCGACGGAGCAGGGAAGGGAAGCGGACGGGGUUCAUGCCAGCAUCCGGAAGCGGCAAGUGCCAUGAGUCCGGGCGGUCUUGCAGGGCGAUCUGAGCUUGCAGUGUGGAGUGGAGCGCAGGAGGAAAAAGUGAGCCUCGGCAUGAAGUAGUGUGCAGCAAGCUACGUGUUCCGCAGCCGCUUCCUUGAUCGUCACACUUCUCUCACGACCGGCCCCACCGAGCAGCGCCGGUCU